AUGCAAUUGGCCAGAGCAGUUGCGGCGGUAAUCGUCGUCGGAGCAGGCCCUUCGGGCCUAAUUCUAGGCCUCCUACUCGCCAAACAAGGCAUUGAAGUCGAACUCCUCGAUGCCGGCGCCCAGCUAGACGACCAGCCCCGCGCAGCACAUUAUGCCUCUCCGGCGGCCUAUGAGCUAGAACGAGCCGGCGUCCUGGACGAUGUCAAAGCGCGCGGCAUAACACCCAAGGGAUUCGCCUGGAGAAAGAUGGACACUACCUUCAUCGCGGGAAUGAAGCUCGACGUGUUGCCAGACGACUAUCCCUACAAGAUGCAAGUCCUUCCCCUGGAUCGCCUCGGGGUACUUUUGUACGAACAUAUUCAGCGCCAGCCUACCGCACAUGUGAAAUGGUCUCAUCGUGUCGUUAAAAUUGGUCAAGAUCAAGAGAAAGCAUGGGUUGACAUUGAGACGCCCGAGGGCAUAGUGCGAUCCGAAGGAGACUAUGUUAUUGGUUGUGAUGGGGCAAGUAGUACCGUGCGGAGGGAAUUAUUUGGUCCUGAAUAUCCGGGUGAAACAUUGGAUGCACAGAUCGUCGCUACGAAUGUUUAUUACGACUUGGAGCGCUUCGGGUACUGGGAUAGCAACUUUAUUGUCCAUCCCACGAACUGGUACAUGGCAGCUCGCAUCACUGCGGACGGGCUAUAUCGUAUAUCUUAUGGAGAUAUCCCGGGUCUCACUAAAGAAGAGUAUAUUGCCCGUCAACCUCAACGGUGGGAAGAGAUUUUGCCCGGGAAUCCGAAGCCGGAUCAAUACAAGAUCGUCAAUUGCAACCCGUAUAAACUACAGCAACGAUGUGCGCCGAGUUUCCGGGUUGGGAGGAUAGUCCUUGCGGCAGAUGCGGCACAUGUUUGCAAUCCAUUUGGUGGUCUUGGCCUUACGGGUGGCAUCGUCGACGUGGGAAACCUCUUUGACUCCCUAAUGGGUAUCCACAAGGGACUGGCGGAUGACAGUAUCCUUGACAAAUACGCCGAGGUCCGGAAGCGCAUGUGGGAGGAGGUCAUUGAUCCCAUGUCUCGUGAAAACUUCCGACGGCUCCAUAAUCAGGACCCGGAUAAAGCACGGGACAAUGAUGACUUUUUCCAAACACUGAUUAAAGCUGAGAAGGAUGAGGAACUUGCAAAAGGGUUUGCUCUGGGGUUGAAUGUGCUGCAGCAUGAUAUGACACAGUACUACACUAAGAAGGAUGCAUAG